AAAAAAAUGGUCUUUGGAAGAUGGACUAUUUAAAAAUGUGUUUGAGGUUAUAGUAGUGGAAUUUAGUAUGUCUGUUUACUGUAAAUAUUUUCUAACCACGAGCCCAUUAAAAUCAUUAAAAAUAAUUCAUUCUCUUGGUUGUUCUGUUAGGCGCAGAUUUUAUUACAACGAUAGACCUUAUGUGAGUUUUGGUGGUGUUUGGGACAUUAAUUUGCAAAAAGUGUUUUGUAAAGAUAUGCAAGUAAUUUUUGAUUUCUUGUCAGAAAAAGAUGAAAAAUCAUUAGUAGAAGAAGCAGAAAAAUUAUUGAAGAGAUUACGUUACGAAUACGAUCACUGGGAUAACGCUAUACAUGGAUAUCGAGAAACAGAACAUUUACAUUGGAAUGAAUACAACAUGGGUAUUUUGAAGAGAGUUCAGAAGACUGCUUUUCAUUCAGAAACACAAGAUAUGAAAUUGGUACAUAUUCUAGAUCUUGCAGAAAAUGGUUUCAUUAAACCUCAUGUUGACAGCAUCAAGUUUUGUGGUAAUACAAUUGCUGGAUUAAGUCUUCUGUCUGACAGUGUAAUGCGUUUGUGUCAUACAGUAGAGAAAGACAAAGUGGUUGAUGUUUUAUUGAAGCAAAGGAGUUUGUACAUAAUGAAGGGCAUAGCAAGAUACGAAUACACUCACGAAAUAUUGGGUAGUAAUGUUCCAAACUUGAUGAAUUACACAGUUCAUAAAUCCAGAAGAGUGUCUGUGAUUUGUAGAAGCAUGCCAGAAAUGGAUUUUCAUCAGAGAUGAGUUCAAAAAGAAGAUAAAAUGGAAUUAGGUGGGUUAUUGUGAAGUUUAGAGUUGAAAGUAAAAUUUGGAAAAUUGUGUUUUUGGGUACAACUAAGGGGUUGGUAUUAUCCUGCAAAGGUGUGUAAUUUAAUUGUUAAACUAUAAUUAAACUGUUUUAUUAUUCCCCCUCUUUUUCAAUCAUUUAUCAGUGUGACUAGUAUUCCCUCCCAGCUCUAGUAAGCAGAGCAAUGCAGAUUGGUGACUAAAAAAAGUUUAAUUUUUUUUCUGAUAACAUUCAGAACUCCAUAUUUACUAUCAGUGUUUUGAGUGGACAUAUUAAAUAUGAAGUCAAUGGUAUCUAAAAAUUUAUUUUCAUAUUUGUUGCUGUUAUUGUUUUCAUAAUGUUGAAAAUAAACUCUGUUAUAAAACAUA